AUGGCCUCGUCCGCCGCUUCGACCGUGACGAAACCGUCAAAGCGCAAGGCCGCCAACGGCACCGCGGCCGGUAAGCUGACCACCGAUGCAACAGACCAACAAGAUUCGACCUCCGCGCCCAAGGAGCGCGACUUCUUUUGGACCUACACCGAGGAACCUCACCGCACCCGCCGCCUGGCAAUUAUCAAGGCUCAUCCAGAGGUUACCAAGCUCUGUGGGCCGGAGCCCCUGACGAAGUAUGUAGUCGCUGGCGUCGUCGCGAUGCAGGUCUUCUGGGCCUGGUACCUACGCGACGCCUCAUUCUGGUCUUGGAAGUUCUGGAUCGUCGGCUACGUCUUUGGUGCCACUGCCAACCAGAAUCUUUUCCUCGCUAUCCACGAGAUCUCCCAUAACCUUGCGUUCCGCUCCCCUAUGGCCAAUCGCAUCUUUGCCAUCUUCGCGAACCUGCCCAUUGGCGUGCCCUACAGCGCUUCCUUCAGGGUAAGUACCGAUGACACAACAGCCCGAGGCAGGCCUUACCAUUUGACGCACCACAAGUCCCUCGGUGUGGACGGCCUCGACACUGAUCUCCCUACCGCCCUCGAAGCAGUCUUCUUGGACUCGAUCCUCGGCAAGGCAUUCUUCUGCACCUUCCAGAUCUUCUUCUACGCAAUCCGUCCUAUGACCGUCUACAGCAUCCCCCUGACUUGGCUACACUACCUCAACAUCGCGGUUCAACUUUCUUUCGACUAUCUUAUCUACUCCCUUUGGGGCGGCACUGCCGUCAUGUACUUCCUCAUCUCUUCGUUCCUGGCUGGCUCCCUGCACCCAUUGGCUGGCCACUUCAUUGCCGAGCACUACGUCUAUGAGACUGUCUCGCCCGCCCAGCGCGAUCCCUCGAACACCAUUCCCGUUCCCGAGACCUUCUCUUACUACGGCCCCUUGAACUUCUUGACCUACAACGUCGGCCUGCACAACGAGCACCACGACUUCCCCGCAGUCCCCUGGACCAAGCUCCAUGCGCUGCGCGAGAUUGCCAGCGAGUUCUACGAGGAUCUGCCCUACCACCAGAGCUGGACGUACGUCAUUUGGCGCUUUAUUUGGGACGAAAACGUCGGCAUGACCUGCCGUGUCAAGAGGAAGCAGGGUGGUCGUAUGGUUGGCGGCGGCGCCAAGUGGACACGUGAGGAGAUUGAGGCCUGA